CCAGGCCUUUUGUUGCUUGGCAACAAAUUUACUCAACAGCCGCCAUUUUAUUUUUGUACAAAUGAGAUCUGGGUCGUGAAAAUUGUGCAAAAAUUGGGUAGAAAUCGGCAAAAAAUCAUUAGAGGUUUAUAAGGAUCGCUCAAGGAUUCAUAGAAUCCUAAAACUCACCAGUCAUGGAGAUUGUUUACGUUUACACGAAAAAGCGCAGCGAGUUCGGACGACAAUGCAAUUUCUCCGACCGCCAAGCAGAGCUUCAUGUGGAUAUUGCACCGGACGAGAAAAUGUUGCAAGAUUACAUCGAGAAAAACCCGUGUGAUACAGGAAUCCAGUGUGUACAGGAAAUGUCUGAACACGAGGUGAAUACAGAGAGGUUUGAGACCGAUGUGCGAGGUAUCAAUCAUGUUGAAGGGGGCUGGCCAAAGGAUGUCAACCCUGCUGAAGUCGAGCAGACAAUCAGAUACAGAAAGAAAGUGGAAAAGGAUGAGAUUUACAUGAACACAAUACAGCAGUUGGGAAAUGUAAUGGAACACUGCAUUAAGCAGAAUAAUGCAAUCGAUAUCUAUGAAGACUACUUCCCAGAUCUAGAGGAAGACCAGAGCUGUGAAACUCCUUCUGCAAAGACUAUCAAUGUCUUCCGUGAUGAGAACAACAUCAAACGAACUGCAACAAGCAUUUCUUGGUACCCAGAUGGUACUCAGAAACUUGCUGUUGCAUACUCUGUUCUGGAGUUUCAAAAGUCCACAGACAUCUGCAUGGACUCUUAUAUAUGGGAUAUAGACAACCCCACCAAGCCUGACAUGGUGCUCAAGCCAGUCUCUCCGCUUAUCUGUCUGGAGUACAAUCCUAAGGACCCACAUCUUCUUAUUGGUGGAUGCUACAAUGGACAACUAGGUUUUUGGGACACAAGGAAGGGCUCACACCCGGUUGAGAUGACUCCAAUAGAGAAAAGCCACAGGGAUCCUAUCUAUAAGACAAUCUUCUUACAAUCCAAGUCAGGAACGGACUGUUUCUCCACAAGUACAGAUGGCCAAGUUCUCUGGUGGGACAUCCGUAAACUGGGCGAGCCAACAGAAUCCCUCCUCCUAUGCCCCAACAAGAAAGACCCCCGCCCUCUGGGGGGCGUGUCCCUGGAGUUUGAGCCCACCAUGCCGACCAAGUUCAUGGUUGGGACAGAGCAAGGGUCUGUGUUGUCUUGUAAUCGCAAGGCAAAGACUCCUGCUGAUAAGAUUGUUGCUAGUUAUGCCGGGCAUUAUGGGCCGGUGUAUUCAGUGCAGAGAAAUCCAUUCUUCCCCAAGAACUUCCUGACCAUUGGCGACUGGCAGGCUAGGAUUUGGUCUGAAGAUUUAAGAGAAUCUUCUAUUAUGUGGACAAAGUGCGGCAUGUCAUACCUCACUGAUGGUUGCUGGAGCCCCUCUCGUCCAGGUGUCUUCUUCACCACCAAGAUGGAUGGUACCCUUGACGUGUGGGACUGCAUGUUCAAGCAGAACUGCCCCACACUAUCCAUACAGGUUUGUGACAUGUCCCUGAACUCGCUACGAGUGCAGGACCAUGGUCGUCUGGUCGCGUGUGGAUCUCAUGAUGGCACAGUCACGCUGCUUGAGCUCUCAGAGGGCUUGCACACUAUGCAAAGGAACGAGAAGGCUUCUAUCAAUGCCACCUUUGAACGCGAGACCAAGCGGGAGAAGAUUCUUGAGACGAGACAUCGUGAGAUGAGGCUCAAGGAGCGUUCAAAAAGCUCACAGGACAAAGAUCACGAAGAGAAGCCAGAAGAGGACGACGAGGAAGACAUGAUCGAAAAAGCGGAGAAAGACUUCUUCUCGAUUGUGGAGGCGGAGAAGAAAGCUCGCUUGGAGACGGAGGCGAAGAAGAUGGCUGCACUGAAUGACGUGAAACAGGCUCUCGCGCAGGACGGCGUGACUCACGAGGAGUAUAAGGACGAUAGUGGCGAUCAGGACGCUGAAGGCGAACUCGCUGCUGAAUAGUGACGUCAGAAUCCACGUGCCAUCGGUAGUAAAGUUAGUGCAGGAGAUAGACUGGUUUGUCCAUAGUCAACACAGGGUGACCGUACGGCUUGAAUCUUUAUUUGUAUAUAGGUAUUGUACAUAUUCAUGGCUAUGCGGCUCAUCUGGUUUUUCAGCCGAUUUAUCUUAAAAGCGUACCCAGCGUCGUCAACCAUAGGCCAAAAUAACGCAGAAUUCUUGUACAGGUUUUAAGAAUGCGUAUUUAGGUGAAUAACCCCAAUAUACACUUAGUAUGUUUGGUGAUAUUUAGUGUUUAUUAAAAUGUUCUUAUA